AUGACGUUGCAAGGUGUAACAUUAGAAGCCAUUUUGAUUACGCAUUGGCAUCCAGACCAUAUUGGAGGAAUUCGCGAUGUUCUUAAAGCAGUUAAUCAAGCAAAUAUUCCUAUUUAUAAACGAAAAUUAUUGGAAAUACCUGAUAGUAAAAUAUUAAGUACCUAUGGCAUUGAAAAUCCAGAUGACUAUACGCAAUUUACAUUUAUUGAAUCAAAUCAAGUUAUAGAAACAGAAGGAGCUCACCUUAAGUAUGAAUUGCAGGCAGUACAUACUCCCGGUCAUUCGACCGAUCAUUUAUGCUAUCUAUUAGAAGAAGAAAAUGCUCUGUUUUCUGGUGAUUGUAUUUUGGGAGAGGGAACAACAGUUUUUGAAGAUUUACAUGAUUAUAUGAAUUCAUUAAGCAAAAUAUUAAAUUUAAAACCGAAACUAAUUUAUCCUGGUCAUGGGCCUAUUGUGCCUGAUCCUCAAACAACAAUUGAACAUUAUAUUUCACACCGUCAACAACGAAAUGAACAAAUUUUAGCCGCGUUGAAGGACAAGGACGCUUUAGAACCGAUGGAAAUAACAAAAAUUGUUUAUACGGAUAUAGCUGAACAACUUUAUUCAGCUGCUUGUCAUAAUGUUGAAAAUCAUCUUCGUAUGCUUGAGAAACAAGGUCAAGUAGCAAUGACAAUAGCAGCAGAACAAACAUCUCAAGUUUUUCGUGAAGGUGAAACCGAAGUCGGUGAAAAUGAAGGAAACAUUGCAUAUUUAUACAUCAAAUUGUAG